UAGUUCGGUUAUUUCUACCCGGAGACAUCUAAGCUUCCCACCGAUUACGUUUGUUGAUAGUACACUGCUAGCGCGCUUCCUGUUGUUGUCAUAAAGUGUAGUCCAGGUUAAACAAGUGGAUGUUUAUGAUUGGAAAAUGUUCGCAGCGGGUUUGAAGUGUCCCGGCUGCGGCUCCUCCAACAUAGUGGACGAUGAUCUCUACUGCCAAGCCCAGCUGGUGUGCGUGGACUGCGGCUCGGUGGUGUCUGAGGGGACCCUGGCCGAUGACCCGGUGGGGGGUACAGAUGUCAGCUACAGCAGGACCACAGCAGUGACAAAAAAGCCCUGCCUCAAUCUGAUAAAAGGUCUGGAGCGCGUGAAAGAAAUGUGUCGGAUUCUCCGGCUCAACAGUGAAAUAGAGGAUCUGGCAUUGACGUAUUUCAGGCAGGCCUACCAGCAGGAGAGCUUCAUCAACGUGACCCUCCAGAGGAAGGAGGUGCUUGCUGGCUGCUGCGUGUACGUGAGCUGCAGACAGCGGGACUGGCCGAUCACUUUGGGAACCAUCAGCAGCCUCCUGGACGCCGACCCGACGCUGGUGGGAGGCGUUUACCAGGAAAUGAUCAAGAUCCUGAACAUCCAGGCUCCUUUUGUCAGUAUCACAGAUGUCAUAGAAGCGCAUGUUCAGGAAUACAAAAUAAGUGCACAACACGUUACUAAAGAGCUGGCGGAGGACUCCAAGGUGUUGACCAAACGAGCCGUGGCAUUGGUGGAGUUGGCAGGAGAUUCCUGGAUCGUGACCGGACGACGGCCCCUACCCAUCAUGAUGGCGGCAACGUAUUUGGCCUGGCAGUCUUUGAACCCCAACAGACAUCGCCUCAAGCUCUCCCUCGACAAAUUCUGUCACCUGGCCAACGUGCAAAAGCGCAAACCAGCUGUAAUGAGAAUAACAGAGCUGAAGGAAGUGCUAUGUAAGCUCGGACGGGAACUUCCCUGGGUCAGGGAAACGGUGACUCAGGACAACGUUGUUCGGCUGGUGGGGGAUAUUCUAGACCACCGGCACACACUGCUUACUCGGGCUCUGAGAACCCAUGAGACUGCGAUGCAAGCCGAUUGCCCUCAGGCCAGCGCUUUGAACUCUCCAACAGAGGAGGUGACGCCGUCCCAAAGGUCUGAGAGCAGGGAUCAGACUGCAGACGCUUCCUCUGCGCUGCAACUCUGUCCCACUGACAGGACGGAAAACCAAGAGGGAGACGACUCUCACCAGACUGAAGACCCAGAACCAAACUGGGGUGUAAGGGUCCUGUUUGCUCCUCCCUGUGUGGUUCAUGCCAAGAGGAGGAGAGUGGAGCCGCCGCAUGUGCAGAACAUUACCGGCGACGAGGAAAUCUCCGACAGCGAGAUCGAUUCGUACAUCCGCACUCCACAAGAAGCUCGAGCCUUUGCCCUGAUGCAGAAGGCGGUGUCCUCCUCUGGCAGUGGGAACUCCUAGCUAACUUACACUUGUUUAAUUAAGAGUUAACCUUUUGUUUGUUUGUUUGUUUUUUUGAAGGAUGUGUAAUUGUUAAAAGAUUUUAGAAAAACAGUUUUUGCAUUUCUGAUUCAUUACUAUUGAACAUGCCGUUUUCCUGCUUGUUGCAGAGUCUGAGAUAGUUUUUUUUUUUGACUAUUUUAUUUAAAAUUUAUGUUGCUUAACAUUAUUUUAUUGUUGCAACAAUGAAGCAAUUUAUUGCACAAAUUAAUAGUUGAAAAUAAACUUUCACGUAUAUGUGAGCCUUAAUUUAUACUUUUUACUAUCCGGGUGACCUUUGAUUUGUCUGCACAAGAAUUUUACUCCAUAAAAUGUAUAUUUCCUACAA